GCCCUAGGUCCGCCUCCGCAGGUUGAUGGCAGCGGCAGCUGGGACUGCAGCGACGCCCGGCCCCGAGAGUCGCAGGCAGCGGCCGGAGCGCGCAGCCGAACGCCCGGGCCCCAGACGCCGCGGACACCACGAGAGGCAGUUCCGGUGCCCUGACGCCUCCCUUGGUCCCCAGCGCAGCCCCAACCCCCUCCGCAGAGAAGUCGCAGCGUGAGCGCCCCUCGGCCGGCCCAGGACCAGCUACGGGACUAAGGACCAAAAUUUGGGCACCGAGAUCCUCCAUCUCUGCCCCCAGCUAUGAGCCGGCGCGUGGUUCGGCAGAGCAAGUUCCGCCAUGUGUUUGGACAGGCGGCAAAGGCUGACCAGGCCUACGAGGACAUCCGUGUGUCCAAGGUCACAUGGGACAGCUCCUUCUGUGCCGUCAACCCCAAAUUCCUGGCCAUUAUUGUGGAGGCUGGAGGUGGAGGUGCCUUCAUCGUCCUGCCUCUGGCCAAGACAGGGCGAGUGGAUAAGAACUACCCACUGGUCACUGGGCACACUGCCCCUGUGCUGGACAUCGACUGGUGCCCACACAAUGACAACGUCAUCGCCAGUGCCUCAGAUGACACCACCAUCAUGGUGUGGCAGAUUCCAGACUAUACCCCUAUGCGCAACAUUACAGAACCCAUCCUCACACUCGAGGGCCACUCCAAACGUGUGGGCAUCCUCUCCUGGCACCCCACUGCCCGGAAUGUCCUGCUCAGUGCAGGUGGUGACAAUGUGAUCAUCAUCUGGAACGUGGGCACUGGGGAGGUGCUUCUGAGUCUAGACGACAUACACCCGGACGUCAUCCACAGCGUGUGCUGGAACAGCAACGGGAGGCUGCUAGCCACCACCUGCAAGGACAAGACCCUGCGCAUCAUCGACCCCCGCAAGGGCCAGGUGGUGGCGGAGCGAGCCCGGCCUCACGAGGGCGCCCGCCCGCUGCGGGCCGUCUUCACCGCAGACGGGAAGCUACUCAGCACCGGCUUCAGCAGGAUGAGUGAGCGGCAACUCGCGCUCUGGGACCCGGAGAGGUUUGCGGCCCACGAGGGAAUGAGGCCCAUGAGGGCCGUCUUCACGCGCCAGGGUCAUAUCUUCACCACGGGCUUCACCCGCAUGAGCCAGCGAGAGCUGGGCCUGUGGGACCCGGUAACGCAGCUGGACGCUUGGGUUUUGCUGCGUCGCCUGAAGGAGCCCACGCUGGCGCCCCCGCCUGGUGAUGCCGAGUCCCUGGGGGUGGUUUGCGGUGACUGCAUGCGGCGGUGCAGGGGAUAUAGGUGCGGGGGACCGAGAGUGGUGUACAGGUGUGGGGUCUGCAGCUCUCUUCACCAGAGUUGCCUUGGGAAUGCGUGGGUUUUGGGGAGGGCACGAAGCGUAAAGGAGCUUCAGGGGAUCCAGAGCGGCACGGCGAGCGGGACAGGGCUGGUCACGCCUCCUGUGCUCGGGCAGAACAACUUCGAGGAGCCAGUGGCACUGCAGGAGAUGGACACAAGCAACGGGGUCCUACUGCCCUUCUACGAUCCCGACUCCAGCAUCGUCUACCUGUGUGGCAAGGGCGACAGCAGCAUUCGGUACUUUGAGAUUACCGAGGAACCACCUUUCGUGCAUUACCUGAACACGUUCAGCAGCAAGGAGCCGCAGAGGGGCAUGGGCUUCAUGCCCAAGCGGGGACUGGACGUCAGCAAGUGCGAGAUUGCACGGUUCUACAAGUUGCACGAAAGAAAGUGUGAACCCAUCAUCAUGACUGUGCCCCGCAAGUCAGACCUGUUCCAAGACGACCUUUACCCAGAUACGCCAGGCCCCGAACCGGCCCUAGAAGCGGAUGAAUGGCUAUCCGGCCAGGACGCCGAACCCGUGCUCAUCUCGUUGAGGGACGGUUACAUGCCCCCCAAGCACCGCGAGCUGCGGGUCACCAAGCGCAACAUCCUGGACGUGCGCCCGCCACCCGGCCCCCGCCGCAGCCAGUCAGCCAGCGACGCCCCCUUAUCGCAGCACACCCUGGAGACGCUGCUGGAGGAGAUCAAGGCCCUGCGCGAGCAGGUGCAGGCCCAGGAGCAGCGCAUUACGUCUUUGGAGAACAUGCUGUGCGAGCUGGUGGACGGCACGGACUAGCGCAUCGCGCCGGGGACGCUCCAAGCCGGGAGGGCAAAGUGGGGCGGAGCGCAAGCACUCCCGCGCCGCCCCGGCUUUGGGUCCUCUGGACCCCGCCUCUCUGGGCCUGGGCCGGGACUAGGGAGGGAACUCCGCCC